ACAAAAGGUACUAUUUCAAACAUAUGUCAGGACUUUUGAUGUAUCUGCUUGUUCUGGGCUCAGCCUCACAAGCUAUAUCAGGUGAUCUGUUGUCGGCAGUCCAGCAUCGAAUCAGGUACGCCAUUAAAGAAAACCAACCAGAAAAUCUGCGCAUCGGUAAACUGGAUGAAGACCUACUACAAACUCCUGAGAAUGAAAACUCAGAACUCUUCAGUUUACUACAAAGUACAAAACGAAGCACAUUGAAAUAUCGAUUAAGAGAACCAUCAAAUUACUUUCGGCUCCAUGAAUCAACCAGUGAGCUGUCCACAAAAGUUUCGAUCGAUUUGGAAGCCUUGUGCCCACGAUUUUGCCGCGAGGGCUUAUCAGCAGCCCAACUUAAUUUGUUCGUCGCGGUCUGGUACGAGGAGCGACCGUUCUCUGUAAUACAUGUAGAAGUAACUAUCCUUGACGUGGAUGACAAUUCACCCCAGUUUCCACCGACAUUAUCGAGGCCAUACGUUCUCCAACUAAAAGAAGUUAUUUACAAAGCUGGAAAACAAGUCGAACUCCCCAAGGCCAUUGACAAAGACAUUCAGCCAGAAAAUGCAGAAAUCCAAUACCGGCUACAGUCCCACCUCGAUGACUCAUCGCAUGCACUGGAUACAUUUCACCUAGUCAUUCGUAAUGAUUCUCGCGUGAUGCUUGUUCUCCAAAAGGACUUGGAUUACGAACGAGUACAACAGUAUCGAUUCUAUCUGGUUGCUUCCUCUCCGGUUUCCGAUGAACGGCGACCGUUUGGUUAUGUUCUGGACCCACAGUCAGCCUUUCACGACCAGCUUGAGAUUCAAGUGGAUGUGUUGAAUAUCAAUGAUAUCGAGCCGGUGUUUUCACAAUCCACUUAUAACAUUGAGAUACCGGAGGACACGAAGAUUGGUACCAUCGUACAUGUAUUACAAGCAACGGACCGCGAUGCGAAUUCCACCAUUGAAUAUUCCCUGGAAAACUCAAAUGAAUUGUUUAAGGUGCAAGCAGAUGGGAAGGUGAUAAUAACCAAUAAACUGGACUUCGAAAAACGGAACAAAUAUACAUUCACCGCACGUGCCAGCGACGGAGAAUUUUAUGCACUUACAAGACUGGAUAUUACUGUCACAGAUGUAAACGACGAGCCUCCUGAGUUUGUCACAAAUCCACCUAUUCUGAAGGUUGAGGAGAAUCAACCAAGUCAAACUUCGGUCGGCCAACUCCUGAUUGUUGACCGUGACAGUCCGGAGGUCAAUGGCAGGGUGACUUGCCAUGAACCGCCGACGCUUGCCGGCAGGCAGCCUCUGCUUUUCUUCCCCGAGACUAGCAGUGCUCUUCCUAUGUCCCCUGGAAUCUCUCUCGAUGGAGCCAUAAUAGACUCAUCAGCCAAUCCGGAACACCAUGUUUACCAACGGUUCGGCUUGUAUACACGGGUGGAAUUCGACAGGGAGUCAGACUCGAACAAGCAUCGGAGCCUCAUCAUCUGUACGGAUGGUCAGGACAUCCCAAAUUCUCACGCCUCCACCAGUGUUGCUAUUCAGCCACGUACUUCAACUUUAACCAUUUUGUUAACAGUGACUGACCAGAAUGAUAAUGCACCGUUUUUCGAAAAGACGCAUUAUGAAGCAGAAUUACAGGAGAAUUGUCCAUUUGGGACCAAGGUUGUCCAAGUGCAUGCGAACGACGCAGAUAGUGAAACACACGCCAAACCCCAAUACCAUUUACUCCGGAACGCAUUAUUCACAUCGCCGUUUGACGUGGAGCCCGAAACUGGAUGGAUUAUCACCUCUGCUGAUAUUGACCGAGAAACACAAGCCUUAUACCAGCUGACAGUGCUUGCUAUCGACGGGCAUCUUCCAAGGACAAACAAUCGAAACGGCCGGACCAAUUUUCGAGGUCAGCAGCAUACUGCUACCACACACGUGCAAAUCAAGAUUAUAGAUGACAAUGACAAUGCCCCAGAAUUUCGCGGCCCCAGACAGUUCGCAGUGGAAGAAAACCAGGUAUCAUCGAAAUGGAUCGGCGACCUGCAGGUGUUGGACCGCGACGAAGGGAUAAAUCGUGACGUGGAGUUCAGCAUGGCCAAUUUUCAAUCAACAAUUGCUUCGGAAGAACAGAACAAAACAUUCAGGGUCCGAUCUAUCGCCCCUAUAAAACUGACGAAUAAUGGCAGUUUGUAUACCACGGAAAUGUUGGACAGAGAAAUUCAGGCCCACUACUGCUUUGAGGUAGUUGUCAAAGACAAGUCUCCAAGCAAACCACUAUCAAGCACAGAUACAAUCUGCGUUCGAGUCCUGGAUCUAAAUGACAACACUCCGAAAUUUGUCAACAUAAGAGGAAUGUCACAAGAUUUAAGCAAUAGGACAGACGUGAAGGCCUUCGAAGACUUGAGGGAUAUUACAGUCUCACUCACGUUCCGUGAGGCUCCAGGCUACUGCGCUCUUAUAGCAGAAGCAGAAGAUUCAGAUGAAGGAAGAAACGCAUUGUUACGCUACACUAUCAAAUUUGACGGGGACACUAUGAAACCGGAAUCUGUUUCCCACACACCACUAGAUGCGUUUAUGAUGGAUGCCCAAAGUGGACGUUUAAUGUUAACUAGAACUUUGAGUGGAAACGAAAUAGGGGCAUAUCCGCUGACCCUAGUUGUGGAAGAUGGAGGGAGUCCAUCUCUCAAGUCUGAGAAAAACAUCUACAUUAUUAUCGAAGAUGGUCCCCCACGGGGCAACUGGCUGUUUCCGGAAAAUGAACGUAGCGUAGCGUCGUCUAUGAGCGCCAAAGACGGAAACAAUGAAGCACAUACCAUCCUCGUGGUUAUCGGAUUGUCUGGAGUAUCGGCCUUUCUGGCAGCUGUACUCAUAAGUGCCAUUUUAUGUAUGAUCAAGCCAUGUCGCCAAAGCACUCGUCGGACAAACAUGAUACAAGCUGAAAAACGAGCCAGAGAGUCAAAAUAUCCCAUCAACCCGGGGAACGCAUAUUUGGAACACACAGGAAACAAUUUAGACGAUUACAGUCUUGGUAUGAUCAACGGAAACGGGUAUGUUGGUACCUUGGACAGCCGAGGACAACCUAGAAGUGUUCUGUUGACAACAGCUCCUAUUCCUGGACUGGACCACUUAUAUCUCCCCACAGACAAGUUGAUUGGCAUAGACAAUGACGAUCCAAACUGGCACAAUCAGAGCAGCAAUGCAACCGUUCUAGGUUCUCCAGCAUCUGACAGGUUUUCUCCUCCGAUGCCCAUAUGCCAGUACACACUUACACAAGCAGCAGACUCCAGCUGGAAUCGCACAAAUGUACACAGAGUUUUUGGUAAUCCAACAACACAUCAUGAGCCCACUUCCUCCACUGGUGCGAGUUGUGCAAACUAUUGUUCUGACUGUCAGAUAAUGCCAAACAACGAAGUCGGCAGCACAGUCCCAGGCGGCACAUCAGUUAUUUCUGGAUCCACUGGAUUUGGGCUGAUAUCUCCGGUGCAUAUUUUGGAACCCCACACGUCCUUACCACCCAUGAGGGAAAAUAUCAUUUAUCCAGCCUCCUGUGGGGGACUUUCAAGUCCAUUUCGCUUAGGCGCAGAACAUGGCACUUUCUAUGCUGGACAAAUUCACGUGACAAAUAAACCGAUCUCGGCAGCAACUAUGACCAACGGAGGGGGUAAGUGUGAUCGAAGUGGGUCUGGCGAGGAACAGCGUUCUGAUAGUGGUCGCGGUGCGAGUGAUGAAGAAGUACCUAACCACCCGAAUUCCUCGAUGCCUCUUGUGGUGAACAAACAGCUCCGUUCAGCUACCUUGAGGACAUUUCAGGAUAACAAAAGUCAUAUGGUCCCCGGCCUGGUAUUUCCGAGCCUUCCUAGAAUAAGCCAAGCCGCAAUGCAACCUCCGGACAAUGUUUUAGCUGGUUUUGACUCAGGGAGUUUUGACAGGCAUCAACCGGACACUUGCAUCGGAAGUGGCGAGCCGCCGACCACCAGUGUUGUGCGAUUCCCUAAGGCCAAUAUCACAUGACUCUAAGGAAUAUGUUCACGAAUUUUUACACAAUCAGUGCAUUUAACCAGACCUGAAGUUGCAAUAAUUCUCAUCUGGCCAAAUGAGAAAAUCGACUGUGUAUGGUUCCUCUGCAAACUAUCUUUUCCUGUUUUGUGAUUCGUAGUACUUUCCAUGUAACUGACUCCUAGAAUGAAGUGCAAUGUAAAUAGGACACAUUAUGUGUGAUGUCUUGUGCCUACUGUUUUCAUGCUUCGUUCGUUGUUCAACCUUCAAGGUGUUAUGCAUUCCGUUACCCGACGCAACACACAUUCCUUCAUCUAAUAUUCAUUGAUCUAGUGAAUUCUUUUUACCUUACCCACAACCAACACUGAUUUAUUGGGUUUGAUGAGAUAUUCAUGUUCCAUGUAAGAGUCGUUCUGCGAGUAAUUUCUGUGACGCUUUUCCAUAUUGUUU